CUGGUACAAAUGAGUUUGGGAGCAAGCGAUAAUGAUUGGGCGCCUACGUUGGCCCUGUCUCCAUCUCGGGAUAGACGUCCAACCUCUGAAUAUAUUUGGUGCCCAUUCAAGAGUCUAUCUGGCGGAACCAACUUAUGGAGUAUGGAGAAUCGUUCAGUAAAGGCGAAGCAAAAGGUCCCGGAAGAAACGUAUCAAGCCGGCGACGUCAUGAUCUACAUGAACGGGUCUGGCUUCGAAGGCAACAUAAGAGCGGCAGCA